CAGUUAUCGCAUCGGAUCGUUCAGUUUUCGGCCAGCUUGUAAAGCUACUGUGAUCGGUUUGUUGAAUGUAAUCUAAAAGAAGAAAAAUGUGUUUUAUCCCGCCAUUUUCGUAAAAUUUGUUUUGUUACUUAGCUUUGUGUUGCAAUGAUUUGUGAGUGAAGUGCAGUGUUUUCCUAGUGAAUGCUCUGCUAUUGUGCAAUGAUGUAUUUCUAUGAUCGAAGAUAACAGUACAGGUUAUGUUUUCCAGCAGCUGAUUUUUUCAAUCGGGCUCCUGCUCGAGCCUUUCUGUCAUCCUUUUUGAAGCUAUAUCUUCCGGUUUCUAACUUUCCAGGAUGAGCUCGGCGGAGCCGACUUCGGACAGCGGUGGCCAGGGGGGCAACGGGAGGAGGAGGAGGAGGACGAGGACUUGGAUGACCUGGUGCAUGCCAUCAACUACAACACCAUCACCAGCUUGGCGGCGCUGAGGGACAUCCUGGGCAAGGACAGUCGCACCAGCGCCGAUGACACCAACUGGUUCCAGCACUACUUCCUGCACCACGUCAACCGGCUGCCGUCGCGGAGUCAGUACGCCGGGCGCCGGCUGUCCGAGUGUCCCGAGGAGGACGAGACCAAGGCUGAUGCCGACGCUGUCUCGUCCGCCUCCAAGAAACCCGCCGAUGAGUCAGGUUCGUCGAGCUCGGAAGACGCCUCUACUCCACCCCCGCAGCCACCCUCACAGCCAACCACCCCCAAGCGCACCGCCUCCAUCACCCCCGACACCCCUCCCACCAGCCCCCGCACCCUCAGCCGCGGCACCUCGCCCCACCUCGACAAGCGCUUCUUCGACACGUCGCUCGUCGAAAUGAAGUCGCAGGCCUCCUCCAGCUCCACCAUCGACUAUGACUCCAACGACGAGGUCUGGGUGCGCCGCACCGACGCCGACAUUGCUCGUCGCAAAAGGGAAUUGGGUUCUCAACCUCUACCCACAUCUGCACCUGAAGAACCCAACAUGGCUGAACGGGAGGAAUCAUACAGACCUCGGGCUGGUACGUGGAGCAUCUCGCAGAGUCGACACCACCAGCAGCCACCACCGCCGACAAAGCAGGACAGUCGCGAGAAGGAGAAGGAACGCGCCAAAGAGAAGCGACGUGGGUCGGGCGACGACGUACUAGCCAACUCACCGCGACGCCACACGCCCACUCCGACUGGCUCGACCUCGUCGUCCAACUCGGGCGGCAGCACGCUACUCGACGCCUUCCGACCGCGGUCCAAGUCGGAUGCGUCGCGGUCGCAUCGCAAGCCCACCACGCUCAUUGCUCAGAUGAAAAACGCUGUACAAAACUCACUAAUGUCACCUUCAUCUGGUAGUCACCGCAAUAGCAGCGACCACCACCACCACCACGGAUCGGACGCGGCAAGCGGGGGCGGGAGUGGAGGGGGCGGCAGACCCAGGGCCGGCUCAGACAGCUCCUCGUCGGGAAGCACCGCGUCGCGGGGUCCCGUCUCCAAAGUCAUUGAUCUCUUCCGGCAUCGGUCACACUCUGCUGUAUCAGCCGAGGAUAAACGAAAAGCGCGGGCAGCAGCUCUCCAUAACCAACAAGUUGCAGCACAUAGUGCUCUGCUGAGGAGGAGUUCGCUCGACCCGGACCGACGCCGUCUGUCUCUGGGCACAGUCACCGCCCCCCACCGCUCCUCUGACGCCUUCCUCGACCCCCAUCAUGCUGCCAUCCUCUUCCGUGAUUCCCGAGGACUUCCUGUGGCAGAUCCCUUCCUGGAGAAAGUCAAUAUUUCAGAUCUCGAGGAAGAUGAGAGUCAAAUUUUUGUCAAGUUCUUCAAGUUCCAUAAGUGCUACGACCUGAUUCCCACAAGUGCGAAGCUGGUGGUCUUCGACACACAACUGCUCGUCAAGAAAGCAUUCUUUGCGCUCGUCUACAAUGGUGUGAGAGCUGCUCCUCUUUGGGACAGUCAACAGCAGAGGUUCGUCGGCAUGCUGACUAUCACCGACUUCAUCAAAAUAUUACAGAUGUAUUACACAUCUCCAUCCGUAACAAUGGAGGAGUUAGAAGAACAUAAAUUAGAUACGUGGAGAAAUGUUUUGAAAGGUCAAUCAAAGGAUUUAGUGAGUAUCUCGCCAGAUGCUUCGCUUUACGAUGCCAUAAAGACGCUCAUCCACAACCGAAUUCACAGGCUGCCAGUGAUAGAUCAAGAGACGGGCAACGUGCUAUACAUUCUCACUCACAAACGGAUACUUAGGUUCCUUUUCCUAUAUAUUAACGACCUACCAAAGCCAAGUUAUAUGAACAAGACGCUCAGUGAGCUUAGAAUAGGCUCAUUCGAGAACAUAGAGACUGCGACACCAGAUACCUCAAUUAUUCUGGCCUUGAAAAAAUUCGUGGAAAGGAGAGUUUCUGCAUUACCGAUGGUUGACCCAGAAGGCAGGCUAGUCGAUAUUUUCGCCAAAUUCGAUGUUAUUAACUUGGCAGCUGAGAAGACUUACAACAACCUAGAUGUGUCAUUGCAAAAGGCGAAUGAGCACAGGAACGAAUGGUUCGAAGGCGUCCAAAAGUGCAGCAUGGAUGACACGCUCUUCGCCGUCAUGGAGAAAAUAGUCAGAGCUGAGGUGCAUCGACUUGUCAUAACUGAUGAGGAUGACAAAGUGUGUGGUAUCCUGUCAUUGUCAGAUCUACUCAUGUACCUUGUGCUGAGGCCGUGUGGUGAAGACAUAAAUGUAGCGCCGAAAACACCGGUCGCUGAACCGGAAUCGGUGGCCGAGGAGGAGGAGGAGGAGGAAGAGGAGGUUGCCGAGCCUGUCUCAGUGGAGGCGGAAGCGGAGGCGGACGGGGAUGUGAUCCCCGAGGAGGAGGGCGCCGCCACCAGUGGCAGUGAUCAGGAGGCUGAGGGGGGCGGUGAGUCACCCCCACAGCAGUCGUCCCCCCUACCCAGCCCCCACCUGGUCGCCCCUCCCGAGAACACCUGGCGAGAGGUCACUGUGUCUGGUGGGGAGUAAACCUCAACCUCAACAAAUUAUAUAUUAUCAUAACCAAUUAAUCGAUGUACUGCUUGUUGGCAAUUCAUACUCUAGAUCAAAACUGUACUUGAUGUCUACAGCUUAACAAGUCAAAAAUGUAUGUGUAUCAUCGAUUGCUUUCUGUCUCCUAUCAUUAUCCAUCAUUUACCACCUACAGUUCUUAAUCACAAUACUAUCUUAGCAUUGCUAUAAUUAGUUGAUGAUGAAAUCAAUUGAUGAAUUCACUCAAGUAACUGUGUAAUAUAAAUUAUUAUUGUAAUAUUUGUCAACCAUUCGCUAAUCUAGUAUUGCAAUUCUUGUAAGAUUUUUUUCGUCCCUGUGUAAUAAUAAUGUAUGUUCUUAGUGUAUUUCAUAAUAGUUGAUUGUUGAUUUGUACAUUUUAAUUGUGAUUUGAGUCUUAUGUCAGUUGAGUAUCAUACCAUUUAGUUUGAAAUACUUGUAUACUUUCGAUGUGGUGAAUGUAUCUUCCAAUGAGAGAAUUCUGUGAAUGUUCAUAAGUCUCUCAAAAAUGUGAAACGCUAACUUUCUCGAAAUUAUAAGAAUGUGUAAUCUGAUUCAAAAAGAAUUGAUGAGCUCAUGGGUAUGAGCUUUAUUUUGUGUCUAUAUUUUAACUUGUUAGUAGCCUAUAUGUAAUAGUCAUGCCUUAGUUCGCCAAUCGUAAUAUUGUCCAUUGAAAUCGGUUUAUGUGAUAAUUUUCAAUAUUCUAUAGUAAUCAAUAUUUCAAACAUUCUUUAAUAGUUUUCCUCCUCCUAAUCUCAUGGUAGUUGAAACUAUAUUAGGAAUACAAACUUAUUUAAAACCCCUUAAAUAAUAUUAAUUUAUGAAUUAUAAUUAACAUUCAACAUUAUUCACAAGCAACACAUUUUUUUAUAAGAUGGAUUGGAAUAUUUGUUCAUUUAUCUUAUGGCUAUAUUAAUUGGUAGAUUACCAAAGGUUUUCAUAUUUUAUGGUUUUGGAUCUAAGAAACGUAUAUUGAUAUUUUUUAUAAGAGUUUUGCCUCAUUUCCUUUUUUACAAAAUUGAGGCUAACUUUUUUGCAAAACAUUCAACUGUUUCAAAAUCAAAUCAAAUUUCUAUGAAUCGACAAGAGAGUUCUUGAAAGGGAAGUAUUCAAAAUUGGAUCAGUGCAAUAAGGAACAUUAUUUUUUCAAACAUUCUUCACUAUACAAAAGUGCUACACACAGGACGUAGACAUUCAACACGUAUCCAUGUAUUAUUUCAUGAUAUAUGGAGGAAAGCUGUGGAAAACCAAAAUACACUUGAAGCUUCAGGAAUACACCUGAGCUCAAGAUAUGGCUAGCUUUAAUAGCCUAAUGAUCUUCUGUGUUAAGCUCACAAAAGCUCCAAGUCUAUUCGGCUAUGAAGUAGCAAACAAUCUAUCUUCAGUGAAAACCUUUCAAAUCCUUUCUCAUUCUGAAACGUAAUUGAAUAUUGGCCGUGUCUACUUUGCGUACGUUCUACGUUCUACAUGCUCAAAUUAUACAAGGAACCAAAUAAUGCUGAAAAUAAUACAAUUAUGAAAGGUUCAACAAUCUACGGCAAGCGCUCCUUGUCUAGAAACCGGAAAGAAAGUGUUUGAAAUGUUUAUUGUUUCCAUGUUGGAAUGAUUACUCGUAUAUUAUUUUAAUCCCUGAUGUAUUGCAUACAACUGUUGCAAGUUCAGUUUCAUGUUGUAAAAAUUCAUUUUUAUCACUAAUGUACUCCAUUGAAUACUUUCACCCAAACUAUUCUUUAUUUAUGUUGCUGAAGUCGAUAACAUUUAUUUUCAAGUUCAAUUGCUACAAUUAUAAUGUAUUGAUAAGGUACUGACUGUACAAUGAAAUUUGCGCCAGCCAGGCCCAAUAACUUCCAAUUCAAAUAAACAAUCGUUUUCAGAAUGGAAUAACUAGUUCCCUUCUAUUCUUUUCAUAUUUCAAGUAGACAUAUGAAAAUGAAUCAAAUAACGAUAGUAAAUGUCAAAGAUAUAAUAUUAUUAUAUGUCUUUGAUGGUAGAUCCAUACUCGAAUUUAUGUUGUUUUAUAAUUAAAAAAAAAAGUUUUUAUUUCAGUUCAAGUAUCUUCUGAUUGUAGGUAGGCCUAAACCGUGUACUGUUGAAGCCUUGUGCACACUACUACCACUUGCGGUAGUGGCAAGUUUAGACUUCGUCGGGGAAAAAUAGGUUGCGAGACUAAUGUGUGCAAACCGAUACGGCACGGUUUUUAAUAGCUGGGAGCAUAAACGUUUUCGUGAAAUGCAUCGAGUCAAUGCUCUUGCCGAGUAGUUCAAUAGAUCAUCGCGACUCAACAUACCGAUUACUGACAGGCAACGGUCACCAGUAACAUAACCUAAAAGAAAAAAUGUUUAUUGAUGAUUGAAAUGUGAACGGGUAUUUUAGAAGGUUGGGCUUUUCCUUCUAAAUGGCAAUAUAUUUUUUUUUAAUCAAAAAUAAUUUAUUCCGCACAACAUAAUAUUAUUACAAAACAUUUUACCAUCUAAAAAUACAAAAAAAUACUAAUGAAAAUUAUAUGUUUUGCCUUAGAUGACAAAAACAUAAAGCGAAAUAAAUAUGAGCACACCUAGGCAUAAGCCCUAUUGGAGUGCACUUCUCUUAAAAUAGAAUAAAUUUAAAGACUAGAUUAGUAGGACCGCUACGCUCUACACAAGAAAUAAACUUUAUUUAUGUAAAAAUUAAUAAUUAUAAAUUUACUAGUGUUACGGUCUUCAUAAUGCGUAUUUACAAGUAAUCUAUUAUAACAAUUUUAAUGUUAUUGAAUGAAUUUCCAUUGAUUUAUAUAUUGGUACUAUUCGAAAUUUUUCAAAUUGUGUAAACACAAAUCACACGCUUAUUAGCUCCACGAUACACUUAGUCGCCUUUACUGUAACCUUCACAGAAAUCGGAACAGAUCCAACGAUCACGUUACCUGCACAUGCGGAUUACGAUGCUUUUUCAGGUACAGAUAUUUUUGUAGUAGUUUGUCUUCAAUACUGCUACAUAUAUUAUUUGUGAGAACAUUUUGCUUAUUUGCUAUGUCACCCCACAAUGUCCAAUCGGUUGACAAAGAAGAAGCUCUGCUAUGAUUGAGCAGAAUGAGAAGAUGAAGGAAAACGAAGGCCGAGGUGCAUGUGGUGCAUGUUUACCUGCCGGCCGGGUUGGUCUAGUGGUAAGGAGCGUUACAAACUUUGGUCUUCUAGCACCGUCUAGUUAGUUCGUUCGAAUCCCGCCGAUGGGGCAUAGACGUUUGAUCAUCUCAUCAAUUCACCAACGCACUUGUCAUUACUCAUGCAUAAACAGAAAAUCUCAUCAUCCGCAAAAACAGCUAUUCAGACAAUGGUAAUACCUCCCCACUUCCUAAAACCGAUGUCGCUAAACCCCCCCUCUCAAAUAUAUCUAAAAUGCUAUUACCAAUUCCCAGUCCCAUAUUGAACUCUGCUGACGUGCUGCCCUUUAAGAUUUGUUUUUGAACCAUCCCCCCGCCCCAUGAUUCCAAUGAUUGAAUGACGCAGUCCUGUCUCCGCCCUCUCCCCCCGUGGGCACCACAAGUAUGGAGACAGAUUUCGAUUUCGAGAAUAUCACACUCUCAUGCUACAAUUGAGUUAAGAUAGCAAGCAUACACCUGUAUGACAGACAAGACUGUAGUUACGGUAGUUACUAUUCCAGCCGCAAAAUGACCUGCAAUAUGCAGCGUUUGGUACGAGAUGCCGCAGCCGGAAUGGUCCCACAUUCGGCAGUCCCGUCUAGUUGUAAAUAACAUCAUAAUCAUGUCAUGUGUUUCGCUGCCCUAACGGAAAGCUUUAAUGAUUUUCUGUCGUCAUUAUGGGACUCGCAGUAGUGUGCACAAGGAUACAGGUUCCACGGAAAACAGCAUGUAUUUUAGGGUGAACCAGAUGGUGCAGCAACAAAUAGGAAUAACAAAUAAAUGUGUAGUUCAUUAUAAUAGAGGUAAUAGAGCAGUGUACUUCUCCCGAUGAAUAGCGUUAGCAAGUAAAAGUUUUGUUCAAUGCGUUCUUGAUAUAGCAAUUACAGUUUUCUAUUAAUGAAAAAUUAAUUUUAUAAAAAUAUUCAAAUAAUUAAAUUAUCAAAAUAAUCCAUACAUUAUCAUUAUUAGUGAAAGAAUUGUAGUUAUAGGCUAGCUAAGUGAAUUACUCACAAUAAUGUUACCUUUUUUCCUUUAAAAAUCAAAACCACUCCAGAGAAGUCUAUUUUUCGACGUUCAGAUGAACAUAUUUCUAUAGGAAUAAUUUAAGAAGAUGUAAUUUACCAAUUCGUAGAAAUUUUAUUUGUUUAUGCAUCCUGUAAUUCCUAAAUUUUGUCUACACAAUCUUUUUAAUAAAUCAAUAAUAAUCAAUAAUGUUUGAUUCUAACAAAUUCCAUAAUUUUCCUAUAAAUAAAAAUGAAAUAUUACUGUUAGAAAUUCCAUAAUCUCCAUUAUUGGCAGAGGAAUGGCUUGCGGCUUAAAAUAAAUUUUUCACAUUUAUCAACUUACAAUAACUGAACGGUAGAGUGACCGUUGGGGCUAAUGUGAUGAGAUAUGAAUGGUAUGCUGAACAAAUAUUAUGUAUUUCAUAACGCAGCAUGAUGUUUAACAUUUUUGAAGGUAUGCUUUAAAAUUAUAAAAAGUAAUUGUGAUAAUAGCUUUUUGUAUUAGUUUAGGAGUGUAGUUUUGAAAUUUUUACUCAAUUAAUUUCUUAGAUAUAUUAAUCUAUAAGCUAGAGCUUAGAUGUGAUAUUGAUAAUACAUCAUCUAACUGAUAGAAAACAUUUUUGUAAAUAACAAAUAUCAUAAUUUAAAUGAUUUGAUAACGUUUGAAAAAUGAAUCAGAUGACAAUAUAAUGGUAAUAGGAUACUUUGAAAGAGAUUAAGUUGAUUACUCAUGUGAAUUAAUGAGCAAGUAGUAGUGUGCUCAAAGAAUAAUUAAUCAUUACGUUUACCUGUAGAUUUUAUAAAGAUUUAUUGUUAUGAAUUCAAGUUUUUAAUCCAAUUCCAAUAACUUUCUACAUGUCUUAAUAUUCUUGAUUUUCUAUUUUUCAUUUGUCAUAAAAUGAUGCGCUCCAUUGCUCUCACUCUGUACCGAUAAGGCCUCAUGGGUAAUACUUCAACUUUAAGUUGGCAAGAAUGUGCUCCUGCUCCACUCAUCUAUCUAUGUAGACCUAUCAAUGCUCAACAUCCAAUUCUGUAAAUAAGCUUGUAUAUUCAAUUCAUUGAAAUUGUUCAUAUAGGUUGUGAAAUUCUGUUAAAAAUGUAAUAUCCACAUUUCUGCAUGGCAAUUCACAUUAGUAUCACAAUACUAAAUGAAUCUGUGGAAUUAUAGUGAUAAUAAUUAAGAGUGGUACCGAUGUUGAUGCUUGCUAAUCAAUAUAAGGUUGCAGUACUUAGGACUAUUACCUCGUAACGUUUUUAUAUUCAGAUUUUCGUUCUAUAACAUUCAUCUGCCACUUCAUUGGCUGAUGUAAAGAUAAAACUUGAAAUUGAUAUUUUUUUACAUGAGCUCAAUACGAUUGCUGAAAAUAAUUCCGUUACUACAUCAAUGGCUGUUUUAAAAAUUAUACAUAUCGUCAGCCUUUUAUACAAAGAUGUGUCUCUGAAACUUAUAACCCGAGGCGAACGUUUUCUACAUUAAUAUUGUAGUCAAUCACUGACUUCAUUAGUCCUCCAUGGUCAACUGGAAUAAGAAUUUGAAUUUUUCUCAUUAAUAUCAUUUAAUUCUUCAAUCGAGAUCAUAAAGUACAAGUUAAGGUAUUUGUUAUAUUUAUAUAUACUAUAAAUAAUCAUUAUAUUUAUCGAUAAUGGACGAAUACGUCCAGAUCAAUUUGUGUGAAACCUGUUCAAUGGCUAGUACCUAAAUAUUAUUGUUAAGCUAAAUGGAAAGUGGGAAGAAAGCCUAAAACACUUAGUUUCUUGAUGUGUAUCUAUUGUAGAUCAGUUGAUGUUCUGUAAUAUUUUUCUUUAACAAUUUAGAAAUAUUAAACUAAGUAUUGUUAGUGGAUCUCAGUGUACUUUAAUAUACUAUGCAACUUAAUGACUUGGAGUGUGCUGCUUGUGCAGAUGUGAAGUGAUGAAUUGAUUUCAUGUGGUUCGUAAUGAUCUACUUGAAUGGGAAUAUUGUUUACUCUCAUUUCUAUAUUAGUUGUUAUUGUUAAUUAUUAUUACUGAUAAGUUGGUAGGUGUAGAAUACUACGAAUAUUUUUACCGUUAUUGUAUAAUAUUAAAAGUAGAUUUUUUCUUAUAGGAAUAUAUAUAUAAAUGUUAAGUAAUUUAUACAGUUAUGUAAAUAUACUUUAUUAUAAUAUGAUUGAUAAUUCGUUUCAUUGUAAUGAUAAGAGAACUUACUCGGUGCAGUGUUAUCUCGUUCAGCAGCAGUGCUGUUUAGAUAGAAUUUUCAACGUUGUUUGAAAUAAAAUAAAUUUGCAUAAAAUCAG